CCAAAUUCAAAUAUACACGGCCGUCAACAAUAUGUCAGUUGGAUAAAUGUUGGUCAUGCAAUAAUUGGGACUUUCGGGUUACAAAAUAAAAUUUUCUGUGUCCAUAGUAAUGAACAUCUCCAUUUAGGGCCGCGCCGGAAAUAAAAAACUGCAGUCAUGGAGCAAAUGUACCUGAUAGAGAUAUUCAUUGACAAAGUGACCAUAUUCGCAUCAGAAGAAGAUGAAAAAAGUGGAGCGAACAAGAAUCUGAUUAUAAAAAUAAAAUUUGGCCCUAAAGUGCAGUUUAUCAUUAAAGAGGGUCAAAUGUCCCGUAACGAUGAUAAAAAAGACGAUAUUAUUGACUGUGACGACCGAGGCCGCAGAAAAUGGACACGAACUAUUAGAGUUGGGAAGUCAUAUCUCUUCCCAUCAUAUCCUGAUACGGUAAUGAUGAUUUUAAACAAGUUCCCACUAGAAAUCGAAGUGUGGAACGACGAUGAUACUGAGAUAGAGAUUUUCGUAGGAGUCGGCACUAUGUACUGGGAAACGCAGUUCUUCCACAUGUUGAAAGAAACUACAGAGGCCAAUAAAAACCACGAGCCAUUAGCAAUCAAGCAAGUUACUCCACUUUUUGGCGAAUGUUACUGCAAGCAAAUAGGCGAGAUCGCCUUCAUUUUACGAUUAAGCGCAUUAGGCGAGAGUAUCAUAACAGAAUUUCAGCAGCUAAUGAAGAACCCUGAUGCUUUUGUGUUUAGGACCAACAAAGCUCCUAGCAUGUUCCAGUGUACGAGGAUCGAAGGCGACGAUCCCAACUUUUGUAUGGUGGGUAGUCUCUAUGAGACUACUACGCUUGAAGAUCCAGAGAUAGGCGAAAACGCACAACAAAGAAUUGAAAUCUGUACAGAGCUUCAGAGCUGCGGCGUUGGGCCGAAAGAUGGAAGUCCUGUUUGUGAGCAUCAAGGGAAGGAUGACGAACCAAAGAAGAAAAAAUAUCCCAUUGAUAAAAUCAGAAUGGGUGACAUCACCGGCCCUUGCGGCAAUGCAAAUUGUCCCUUGGCACAUAAAGUUAGGGCUUAUAUUAGAAAUCUGGAGAGUUACAAGGCCGCUGCCGGUUCGGUCACUGGCACUAAGGACGAUGCCACGAACAAGGUCUGUGGCGCUUGUUCGUGUAAAGAUGAUAGAUGGCAUAGAGAAGACUGUCCGACCAAUGAAGCAGCAGGAGGUGCAAAAGCCGUGUGUAUGGGAUGCGGUGGAGUAGUACCAGCAGGGCAGGUAUGCAGUACUGAUGACAAACAGGAGGGCGGCCCUGGUGGUACACAGGUUGCUUAUGUAUUCAGUGUUACCAAAGUACCGAAAUUUAAAGAGUCUAUGUACGGUAAAGCGUUUACCGUUGAAAAUCUGAGUUGCACCGCCUUGUUCCAAGCGGGCCGUGGAGUCGUAAGGUCUGCAAGUGGAUACUCUAUACGGAAAACAACAGAAGUUCCGGUUCAAACGUUAAUAAGUAAUCCCCCGUGUCAUUCGAACGUCAUUCCGCCGCAAUUUAAACCAUCAACUCGCAGUUUGGGUGUCAACAAUCCCUGGGUAUAUAAUGUGGAAACUUUGGACGCCAAGCGUGUAUACGAGGUUUAUAAUUGCACAGAAGUACCUGAUGAUAAAGACUGUAAAUGCAGCCCCCCCAAGCCUACACCGCCGUGCAAAACAUUCGACUGUGACUGUAUUGCUGAGACUUCUAACAUAGCUGCAAGAAAAGCCCACAAGCCUUACUGUCCUUUAUAUAAACAUAAGAAUACUUGUCCAGUAACAAGUAUGUUACACGAGGAAGAAGAGAAGAAGAAAGUAGAAGAUGAUGAAGAGGAGAAUGAGCCACUGCCUUACGGUCUGCCGCCUAUCCAACUGGGCCCAUGUCCUGUCCUAGGACGGCCGUGCUCGGUUCCUGAUGGUUUUGCUAGAAUGUACAAAACCGCAGCGAUGGCCCCACAACCACCUAGUUACAGCGAUGCAGGAAAAGUUUGCUGUUCCAAAGAAUACGAGAGAAUAAAGAAGGCAAUAAAAGAAUACUUGAAGAGCGAUAAAGAAAAUGAUUUUAGGUGCGUUAAUAAGUUUAACGUGGAUACGGAGAGGCGUUGCUGCGACAAGGAACAGAUGUUGAUGUCGCUCACAGGGAAGACUUGUUGCGGAUCUCACAAAAUGGCAAUCCAAGAAAAAUUCAAAGAAGAGAAGAAGUAACUAACUGAAGUUUUAUUUUGUAACCCACAAGCACAACAUUAAAACUUUAUACAACUAA